AUGACGCCGCAAGACGGACGCACGUUCUGGUUCCGCGAUGCUGUGGUGUACCAGAUCUGGCCAGCGUCGUACAAGGACAGCAACAACGACGGCAUCGGCGACAUCCAAGGCAUCAUCUCGACGCUCGACUAUGUCGCCUCGCUCGGCGUCAACACCAUCUGGCUCUCGCCCAUGUACGACUCGCCGCAGAUCGACAUGGGCUACGACAUCUCGGACUACCAGGCGGUCUAUCCUCCCUAUGGCACGCUGAGCGACAUGGACGAGCUCAUUCGGGAGUGCCACGCGCGGGGCAUCAAACUCAUCCUGGAUCUGGUCAUCAACCACACCUCGGACCAGCAUGCGUGGUUCCAAGAGUCCAAGAAGGACAAGACCAACCCCAAGAGGGACUGGUACAUCUGGCGGCCGGCCAAGUAUAGUGCGACGGGAGAGAGGCGCCCACCGAACAACUGGAGAGGUGCACUGAAUCAGUCGGCUUGGACUUGGGAAGAGCAUACGCAGGAGUACUACCUCCAUCUGUUCACGCCUCAACAGCCCGACCUCAACUGGGCCAACGACGAGUGUCGACAUACGCUCUACCGCGAUGCGAUCGAGUUCUGGCUAAAGCGAGGCGUGAAUGGGUUCAGGGUGGAUACGGUCAACCUGUACAGCAAACCUGAGGGACUACCUGACGCACCCAUCACCGAUCCCAACGCCGAAUGGCAGAACGGCGACAGCGUGUUUUGCAACGGCCCACGCAUGCACGAAUACCUGCAGGAGAUGGGCACGAUCUUUGCGCGGUACGACGCCAUGACGGUGGGCGAGCUUCCGUCAACUCCUCGCGUCGAAGAUGUGCUGCGCUACAUCUCGGCCUCGCGCAACGAGCUGAGCCAGGUCUUUCAGUUUGACAUUUCGGCGCUCGGAAGAUCGCCCGACGACUUUUAUGCUCGGAGCGACUUUUCGCUCCAGCAGCUCAAGGAAGUGGUGGAGAGGUGGCAGAGGUUCAUCGAGGGCACCGAUGCGUGGCCAACGGUGUUUCUGGAGAACCACGAUUUGCCAAGGGCGAUCAGCAAGUACGCAAGCGAUCGGCCCGAGGACAUCACGGCAUCGGGCAAACUGCUCGCCCUCAUGCAGGUCGGAUUGACGGGUACUUUGUACAUCUAUCAGGGCCAGGAGAUUGGCAUGACAAAUGUCCCCCGCUCCUGGGGUCACGACGAGUACAAGGAUGUGAUUGCGAUCAACUACUAUCGGGAUGCAGCCGCACGCGGUAGCAAAGAGACGCUUGUCAAGGCGCUCGACGAUAUCAACUUCCAUGCGCGCGACAACGCGCGUACGCCGGUGCAGUGGACCUCGGCCCCACACGGCGGGUUCAGCGAGGAUCCUGCAACGACGCCGUGGAUGCGAACCAACGACAACUACACCAGCAUCAAUGUGGCUGCACAGGAGCAAGACAAGAGCUCGGUACUGGCGUUCUAUCGCCACGCAUUGGCGGUCAGGAAGAAGCACGAUCUGCUAGGCAAAGGCGAGUUCCGGCUGGUGGGAAGGGAGCACGAAAAGCUGUUCAUGUACAUCAAGCUGCCCCAGGGAAGCAGCGAGGAGGAGAAAGGCGAAAGGGCAUUCGUAGUGCUCAACUUUAGCAGCGAGAUGCAGACGUACACCGUGCCCGAGGAAGCGGGUGGCGAAGAAGCCAAUGUGGUGCUCGAUAGUUCAGUGGAUGGAAAGCGAGGUUCACUCGGCCCAUGGGAGGGGAGGAUGUACAUCUACCACACUUAG